AUGGAUAUCGAAAAUAUUUUUAAUGAUUCAUGCUACAUACCAUUAAAGUGGGUGGAAAAAUAUGGGUUGGCCAUACUAUGGCAAACGAUCAUGGGUCAAGUUUGGCGACAUAUAGAGUCUGGUGAAGAUUGGUCAGAGAUUAUUUAUUUAAUUGACGAUCAGAAGACCAGGCUGCUUAAAUUGAGAGCGAAUAUCUGGUGUUAUUUUAUGGUGACUGACAAUGAUGACGAAAAAAUUUUGCAUGCGGACCUACAGCAAAUCGCUCACGAUCCAAAUUAUUUCUACCUCGAUGGCAUUACAGCUCGCUGCAUAAGAUUUGCAGCCAGUGUUGGAGGAUGGCCAGGUGAAAUAGUUAAUUUUUCAAGACCUGGUGAGGAGCUAAUGACUGUGGAUGAGAACAUUGAAGAUGAGGAUGAUGAUGAUGAAUACGAGGAUAAUGAUGAAGAUAUUGAUGACUUUCCGCCAAGAACACCAUCACCACCUCCACCAUAUUCCCCACCACCUUCAUACUCGUCAUUGUUUCCAAUUCAUCCGCUACCACAAACAGUGUACGCACCAUCAACAUCAUCAUAUUUACCGUCACCAUCACUGCCACAGCCAUCAUCAUCAUCAUCAUCAUCGUCAUUAUAUACAUCAUUUUCACAGUCACAUCCAUCAUCAAGCACAUCACAUGUACCACCAUCAUUGACACCAUCAUUGUCAUCAUCAUCAUCACCAUACCCAUCGUAUCCACAACCAUCAUUAUCAUCAUCACCGCCAGCAUAUUUACCACAACCAUCGUCACAGCAGCUACCAUAUUUGUUGCCGCCACCUUCAGAAUGGUCAUCAUAUUUACCACCGGCACCAUCAUCACAGCAGCUAUCAUAUUUGCCGCCGCCACCUUCGCCACCACCGACAUAUUUACCACUACAACCACUGAUUCCAUGGGCUGAUAAUAAUAAUAUUUAUUAUAAUCACCCAAAUGAAUCGGUGUGGGUACCAGCUCCACCAGAAUCAUACCAGCAACAACCUCAACAUCGCUACGAAAACAACAAUGAUCAUCAGCAUUUUGAACAACAACAACAACAACAACAACAACAACAACAACAACAACAACAACAACAACAACAACAACAACAACAACAACAACAACAACAACAACAACAACAACAACAACAACAACAACAACAACAACAACAACAACAACAACAACAACAACAACAACAACAACAACAACAACAACAACAACAACAACAACAACAACAACAACAACAACAACAACAACAACAACAACAACAACAACAACAACAACAACAACAACAACAACAACAACAACAACAACAACAACAACAACAACAACAACAACAACAACAACAACAACAACAACAACAACAACAACAACAACAACAACAACAACAACAACAACAACAACAACAACAACAACAACAACAACAACAACAACAACAACAACAACAACAACAACAACAACAACAACAACAACAACAACAACAACAACAACAACAACAACAACAACAACAACAACAACAACAACAACAACAACAACAACAACAACAACAACAACAACAACAACAACAACAACAACAACAACAACAACAACAACAACAACAACAACAACAACAACAACAACAACAACAACAACAACAACAACAACAACAACAACAACAACAACAACAACAACAACAACAACAACAACAACAACAACAACAACAACAACAACAACAACAACAACAACAACAACAACAACAACAACAACAACAACAACAACAACAACAACAACAACAACAACAACAACAACAACAACAACAACAACAACAACAACAACAACAACAACAACAACAACAACAACAACAACAACAACAACAACAACAACAACAACAACAACAACAACAACAACAACAACAACAACAACAACAACAACAACAACAACAACAACAACAACAACAACAACAACAACAACAACAACAACAACAACAACAACAACAACAACAACAACAACAACAACAACAACAACAACAACAACAACAACAACAACAACAACAACAACAACAACAACAACAACAACAACAACAACAACAACAACAACAACAACAACAACAACAACAACAACAACAACAACAACAACAACAACAACAACAACAACAACAACAACAACAACAACAACAACAACAACAACAACAACAACAACAACAACAACAACAACAACAACAACAACAACAACAACAACAACAACAACAACAACAACAACAACAACAACAACAACAACAACAACAACAACAACAACAACAACAACAACAACAACAACAACAACAACAACAACAACAACAACAACAACAACAACAACAACAACAACAACAACAACAACAACAACAACAACAACAACAACAACAACAACAACAACAACAACAACAACAACAACAACAACAACAACAACAACAACAACAACAACAACAACAACAACAACAACAACAACAACAACAACAACAACAA